CAAGGGCGUGUGGUAGGGGUACAGUAGCCCGUGUGGGGGCACCCAGCGGGCUCCGGGAAGAAUUGUGGCUGACAGCUGUUAACCGCAUUUGAAAGGAGAAGGUGGGUGACCAAUAGUGCCACACGGGUCCUGUCGGCCGGCCGCCAUGGCGGCACGUGCGCUCAAGCCUGUCGACGUGUAUGAGAUCGCCACGGAGAUCGGCCGCGAGUUCGAGACGAUCAUCGACACGUUCGGCGCCGGCGCGCUCACCAGCCUGGUGCCCAAGGUGAUCCAGGCGCUGGAGCAGCUGGAGCGGCUGUCGCUGCAGCGCGAGCAGGAGGGCGCUGCGCUUCAUGAGCUGCGCAAGACUGUGGAGCGGCUGGAGGCCGAGAAGGCCGAGCGCGCCGCCGAGCGGCGCCGCUUCGAGAAGGAGCUGGAGGAGUUUGAGGAGCGGACGCGCGAGGAGACGCAGAAGCUGGUUACCAUGGUGACGGAUCUGCAGACGGAGAACCGGAGGAUGGUGGAGCGGCGCGAGGCGGAGAGGAACGGCGACGCGCCCGAACAGACCAGGCCGGAAGCCGACGAAUCAGAGACCGACCUGAAGGUUCUGAUGAGCCUCAAGGCCGUCAUUGAUCGCCAGAAGGAGGACCUGUCCGUCAAGGACGCCCAGCUGCACGAGCAGAACUCCCAGGUGGAGAAGUUACAGUCGGACAUGGACCGCCUGAAGAAGCAGGUGCGGGAGCAGAAGCGGCGACAGCGCGUCGCCUCCGGGCAGCAGCGCCAGCUCAACGAGGAGCGGACACUGUUGGAGGUCGAGCUUACCGACGUCCGCCGACAGAUGACAGGACUGCGUCAGCAGCUUGGCACCGCUCAGAAGGAAAACCUGGAUCUGUCUCAAUCUGUGGACACGAGCCAGCAGAACAAGGUGGUGUACGACCGGGACGACCCGGCUCGGCCGCGCUUCACGUUCAGCGAGCUGCGCGACAUCCUUAACGAGCGCAACGAGCUGAAGGCGCGCCUCUCGGACCUGCAGGACGAGCUGACCCUGUACCGGCCCUCCGCGCUGGACACGUCGAAGAGCUCCAUCCUGUGUCCGCCCAGCGACGACCUGGAUAGCUUCUCCAGCUCGGACCUCAGCUCGCCGCCAUCGCUGCAGAACGAGCUCGACCAGCAAAAGGUGAGCGAGGAGGACCUGCCGGUGCACGGGCCGCUGCCGCAGGACCCGGACGACGCGCCCUGGAAACGCUCCGAGUCGGGAAUCCGCCGUCUCAUCAUGCGCCAGCUUCCGCCGUCUAUUCGGCGGCGAGAGCCAGCCGCGGCGCACCAGCGUGCCGCGCGCGCUCUCGCUCUCGCCCGGUCCUGCCGUCGGAGGGCCGCCCGGUGCCAUCACCGGCCCGGGCCGGCCGCCACUGACACGGCCCGUACCCUGGCCAGGCCAGCGGCCCGGUCUCCGGCGCGUGCAGGCCACUCGCCGGGCCGGGCGUGGACAGUGGGCAGCUGUUUUUACUGAACCAGAUGAUCAUGACGUGUGGUGAUCGCCACGAGAAGCUAUGAUCUAUAUGCGACCGUGUGCGAGAUAUUUAUUUUAGUCAGUGUGUUAGAACGCGUCAGUUUCGCAACAUUUCGGUGCUAGUGCAGAGGCUUUGCCUUGUGUGUGCAUUCGCGCGAUAAACGAGGCCAUUAAGUGUCAAAGCGCAGCAUUAGCUUUAGCUGCUCGCGUCGGUAGUUUUAGUCCACAUGUAUUAGUCAAUCGAUCGUUUGACGCUAUAGACCUUUGCUAUUUCCUGUACCAGCACGCCCCGUGAGUUGCAAUCCUGACCAAGCGUGUACGCCUGUGUUCAUCCACGCGCCAUGUUUGCUAUUCAGUCGCCUUCGGUCGCACGGAAGUGUGCUCUUUAUAUUGAGCUGUGAUGUCGAUCUGAACCCACUUAGCGCCGUCGCCAAGCAUUGCUAGUCUGCAGUUGCAAAGCAUUGCUAGUCUGCAUUGCUAGUCUGGUCUGCAAAAACAGACCAGACGCAAGCGGGGUCGGUUGGUCCUGCUCGUUCGGCUGCAUAUCUGCCUGCGGCCCCUGCCGCCGGCGAUCCGUGCGUGCGUGUGUGUGUGUGUGUGUGUGUGUGUGUGUGCGUGCGUGCGUGCGUGCGUGCGUGCGUGCGUACGUGCGUGUGUGUUUGUCGAGCUGGUCGGCCCACCCCACGCUGUCAGUGCCAGUUGGCUUUGCUAGGUUGUAGCGGUAGUCGGCUAGAUCUGUUGUUCGUGUCUCGCGUGUUGCGCGGACGUCGGUCCCGAACGUAGCGUAGUUGUGGGCCGCCCGCCGGCGAGGAGGCGAGCGAGGUAGGGUGCCACGCUACGGCCGUGGCCGCGACAGGCUAGAAGACCGCCGCCGCUGCCACCGGCGUAGACGGACCUCCUCGGGUGCCGCGGUGGGUGCCAUAGUUUUUCUCUGGCGCAUUUGUGAGCGCCGAGCCGUGCUGGCGCCAUUGUCAACAACAGAAUGCUUCUGUGGCUCCGCCGUGAUUACCGGCCAUUAUCUGGCGCCACCGGGAGCGCCAGUUAUUCUUUAGCGCCGCCGGGAGCGCCAGUUAUUCCCUGGCGCUGCUGCGAGGACUGGCUCUGUGAGCACGUUGGUUACUCUCUGGCGCCUCGGUAAGCACCUGAGUUACUUUAUAGUGACGCCACGAGGAGCACCGGAGCCGCUCUGUAGCGUCACCGCGGUGAGCGCCAGAGCCACACGGUGAGUUUGCUGUGGUCGCCCGAGGCGGUGUGGCCGUCGUCCCCGGUUGUGCGCCGCGUGGAGCCAACUAUCGCGGCCUCGAGAACGGCCAUCAGUCGCCAAAACGCAUUCCCCGCAAUGCGCUGUGGAUACGUUUGUGAAUGUGAUCUGUGGUAGGUCGCGUACCUGGGUAAUGAGUGGUGUACUAGUCUAUGCAUGCAGCUCUGUUAACACGUGCAUGAUUUAUUUACACCCGCGUUGGUUUAUUAACAAUGCCCCGCCCGCUGUUGUAACGGCACUAUGCGCAGCUGUUGCAUUGCUUUACCUACAUGUACCACAUGCGUAUCCUGCAUAUCAAGUAAGAUAUCUCAGUUCCAGCAGGCCACCUCUUUUGAAAUGGGGGGGGGGGGGAGGGAGACUGGGAUGACUGAAGCGCGUCAGAGUCGCUGAGAACACGAUGAUCGGGUGUGGUCGCAGCCGCCCCUCGCUGAGAACACGGCGUUAGCGUGUGGUCGCAGCCGCCCCUCGCUGAGAACACGGCGUUAGCGUGUGGUCGCAGCCGCCCGUCGCUGAGAACACGGCAAUCGGGAGUGGUCGCGGUCGCCCUUCGCGAACUUCACGUGGUGGAAUGACCUCUGUGGGUGUGAGGGGGUGUCGAAGUUGGCGCGCAAUCUGUAGCUCCCAACCUGGCAGAGAUACGCGCAUGUCGUGGGGCGCGGUAGAACCUUAACGGAUAAGAUUUCCUUUGCCCAAUCCAUCCGCUGCUUAUUGUGCUAAAUAUAUCAAGAUGUAUUCAGGAGGGCACGUGCCCUCGUCCCCUGCCAAACUGUGAUGCAUUAAGUUGUACGUGAAUGAAUGCUGACGCAAACUGGGAUAAACACGUUCAAAUAAAUGUGAUGUAAACACGUGAUGCUAUACGCCAUGCGAGAAGCUGGGCGCUCCACAGGCGCGAUAAAAUGAGUUUUUCAAUUUCAAAUUUGGAGUGUUUCUCUUUGUUGCGAAAUCCAGCUUGCACCCCGCCUUUUCCACCCGCCGCCCAUGAAAAGUCAAUCGGGUAUCCAUCCGACAGCACUUUGCUGUCACUUUGGUUCUAAAUAGGCAAUGAAAGAAAGUUCAUAGCCCUUCACAUCAGUUUCCUUUGUGUUGAAAAGCGCUGAGGUAGUGUGAAUGGAGCUAAGCCUGGCUAAAAGUACAGUAUGUUACAAUGUAUUGUGUGUUGAAGUAUCUCCCUAACAUUUCGUACAUGCCUUCCUUAUACUUUUACCCAACGCCGUAGUUUCCCCAAAUCUGUACCCAACGCGGCCCGUUGCCUAUUUCAUAUGGGUACCCACGGGUUUACCCAAGGCUUGCAGUCCUCUAGGGCUCCGCGUGCGCGCAUCUCUGGCAGCUUGAGAAGCACGUACGACAUGCGCUAAGCGUCUGCACUCCUGGCGUCCACACGCUGGAGUCCCUCCAGCUCAAGUUGCGCAUUACAACGAUGUGAAAGAUGCCAGUACCACAGAGGCAACGGAAAGUCCGAAGGUUCGUGGCCGAUUGCCAUUUUUGGUUGGUUAUUUCUUACCUCUCAACGCCCAUCAGGGUCAAUAUUCAAUGUUCGUUUGGGAGGUUCAGCCCCCCCCCCCCCCUUCCCACGCCCUGUUUCCCGCGUCCCUGCGUCACCAAAGCGGUUAGCAUUGUAGGAUUGAGGUAGCGAUACGGGUCCAUUGUCAACAGCGGCGUCCCAAAACCCCGCGAUCUGUCCCGUCACGCCAUUGCCCCUGAAGCGGCUGUUGAUGUGGCGCUUAUUGACUUGUCUCCAGUAAGUGGGGACUCGGGGUUAAUAUAUUUUUGUAUUUUUGCAUUUUAACCACAACGAUUACGGGAAGAAGGGCUUACGUCAUGCCAAUGCCUAUGUCAUCUUUCGUUCAAAAUGAGGUGGCGCCGAUGAGGCGUACCGAAGCAUUUUACCUUCACUCGCGUGCCUCGGCUCGCUACACAUUUCACGUGGUGAUCCGUGAUUGAUUCACCACCGAACGGGGCCAACAGUGAGCAUACGCGCAAUGAGCACAAGUAAGCCUCUGCAGUUCUCAUGACGUCCCUUGUUUUCGAGAGGUGUGCAUGGGGUGGCGGCUGAAUGUUGUCCCGUGUCAAUGUUCGCCAGUGAUGCGGCCAUGUCCGUCUGCCCUGCUUCCGUUUGGUCGUUGUUGUCGCCAACGUCACUGUACCCUGCCUCCGAUUGGUCGCUUUGUCUGGCGACGUCAGUCCUAGUUGACCUUCGGCCAGUCACCGCCUGGUGGUGUGCAGCCUACCCUGCCUCCGAUUGGCAGGUGUCUCGAGUGACGUUAACCUGUCCCUCUCCCGAUUGGUCGCGGUGACUACGGUGAUAAGCAUGCCCUGCCUAUCGGUCGCUGUGACUCAUAGCAUCGCCAAGCUCGAACCCAAUCCUCACCUUCGACUGGUUGCCCGAGAUGCGCCCAUCACUGCGAACGCCAGUUGGUCGGCCCGCUUUGCCCGCACCCCAACUGCCGCCUGAUUGUCAGCAUC